GCAAGUGAGAAAACGGAGAGAGAGAGAGAGAGAGAGAGAGAGAGAGAGAGAGAGAGAGAGAGAGAGAGAGAGAGAGAGAGAGAGAGAGAGAGAGAGAGAGAGAGAGAGAGAGAGAGAGAGAGAGAGAGAGAGAGAGAGAGAGAGAGAGAGAGAGAGAGAGAGAGAGAGAGAGAGAGAGAGAGAGAAUUGGAAAAAGCCAUGCAGAUAGUGGGGCAGCCCAGUGACGGAGCUUGAUGAACUGACGGCCAAUCGACCACAGCAGACAAGCAGAACAGAGCCUCUGUUCCACUCCCACAAGAGCACAAGAGACGAGCAGGACUCGGCCAGGACAACCCCGAGAGAGGCCGACACAACACAGCUUCCCCCAGAACACAUACACACACGCACACACCCCCACAUCCUCACACACACACACACACACACACACACACGCACGCACGCACGCACACACACACACACACACACACACACACACACACACACACACACACACACACACACACACACACACACACACCCAGCUACCCGGUGAGCACCAGCCCAGGACGUGGAGAGAGAGAGGAGAGCAAGGCAGAGCGGAGGGGGACACCUCCAGAUGAGCGUUAAAGCAGAGUGAGAGGGUGAUGCUCAGAGGGACCAAGUAGUCAGCGGAGAGGUGAAAAGUCACAGGUCAAGGAUUGCCGCAGAUGUUGCUGAAAACGGCUUGACGGAGGACAACAGUGCAAAAGGACACGGAAACUGAAACCAAAGGACGAUCUUAGAGGGAGCAAGGGAAAGUAAAAAAAAAAAAACCCCACACAAGAGUGAGUGAAAGAGAGAAAAUAGUUUGAGAAAGAUAGCCAAGUGAGGAUGGCCAACUCAGGUCUGCAGUUGUUGGGUUAUUUUUUGGCCUUGGGUGGUUGGAUUGGCAUCAUCUCCACCACCGCCCUGCCCCAGUGGAAGCAGUCAUCGUAUGCAGGCGAUGCUAUCAUCACAGCCGUGGGUCUGUAUGAAGGGCUGUGGAUGAGCUGCGCCUCGCAGAGCACGGGACAGGUGCAGUGCAAGAUCUUCGACUCCAUGUUGUCGCUGGACAUCCACAUCCAGACAUGUCGUGCCCUCAUGGUGGUGGCAGUGCUGCUGGGUUUUAUUGGCAUGAUCGUGAGCGUGGUGGGCAUGAAAUGCACUAAAGUGGGGGACAACAACCCCGCCACCAAGACCCGUAUCGCCGUGUCUGGGGGAGCACUCUUCCUGCUCGCAGGUCUCUGUACAUUGGUCUCUGUGUCCUGGUAUGCCACUCAGGUGUCCUAUCAGUUCUUCAACCCCAACACACCACUCAACGCCAGGUAUGAGUUUGGCUCCGCUCUGUUUGUGGGAUGGGCGGCAGCAAGUCUGACAGUGCUGGGUGGUUCCUUUCUUUGCUGUUCCUGUUCCAACGAGGACAGACGAGGACAGCAGUAUUACCGCCAAUCACAGCCUUCCACAGCCAGGGAAGCAAAUGUUAAAAGUACCCCACCAGAGAAAAGGGAGCAGUACUUGUAGUUUGGGAGAGUCUUCUGGCAGCAAACAAAACACUCUCACUGAGAAAACCAAAACAGACAGACAGACAGACAGACACAACUGAAAUACGCUUAACAUUUGUCAACAAGUAUAAUGUAUUCGGUUGUUUUGAGGUAGCUUAUGAAAUGUUUUUUUUUUUUUAAAUAGCUACCCCUGUGUCAGGGUAAGAAUAAAAUCUUUUUUUUUGUUUUUUUGUCCUGUCUGUUUUGUUGUCUUGGGGAGAGACUGUCAUUCAGGGUAUGUUACUACAAUGUGUUAAAAUGCCCGGGUGUAUAUAUCACCUAUUUUCUUCUUCUUCUUUUUUUUUUUACUACAUAUAUAAUGUUUUACUAUGGUGCCUUAUAACAAGUGUUAGUGCACAUGUAUAUAUAUUUGACCAUAUGGAUUGUAUACCAUCCCAUCCAUCUGUAGGAUGUGUGUAGUCCAUAGGUCUUCUGCCAGCAGUCACGUAUGCCUUCUCCUAUCAUAAUAUAUCUGUAAUUUGGGUAUUCUGUCAGAAAUCUGAAAAUGAAUGUGUAGCUACUAUGAUGUACCACUCCUGAAAUGACAUUUGAUUCUUAGAUCGUCCAACACAAUGCCUAAAGAGGCCAUGGGCCUGUUUUCAUUAAAGCCUGGAUUGAGGAUAUACCAAAUACAUUUGUUUUGUUCUGUUAAGUGCCGAUAUGAUUUUGUGUAAAUGAGAGAAGUGCAGUUUUAUUGACUCUCGAGGAUGUACUGUACUGCUUCCUGUCCGAGCCCUGUACUAAGGAAUGACAGUUUGUUGAGUGUAAUCACUUCAAAUGUUCCUCUGAUGCCUUCAUUCAUUCACCAUACGACUCCUUUCUCUAAUAUUUACCUCUGUGAUGUUGUCCAUGAUCUCAUUUAAAGCAUUUCCCCCUGUAUGUCUCUUUUAGAAUAAAGUAAACAGAAACGAAAAACGGUUGAGGUUUGACUGAGUCAAAGCUGCAUCAGGCAUUUGCUAACUCGUCACCUUGCCUGACUUUUACCCCCCCCCCAACUUUGAAUUCCACACAGAAUAUUUCUUUUGCACCCCAUUGUUCAAUAAUUGUGCAUGCAGAAUUCCACUUCUGCUUCAGUGGUCUGUGGCACAUUCUCCAAGAACAACCCACAAAGUUAACGUGCACCUUGUUGAAACUACAUUUUGAAGCUUUUUUCUUUAAUUUUUUUUGGGGGGGGGGAUUUUGAGUGUGAUAUUUCAAUGCCCGGUAUACAUGUAACAUUACUUAACUCAGCAUUUAUUGAGAUGCAUAACUAGUAAUUCAGUUGUGGGUGAUGUAAAAUGGCCAGGUAUUAAUUCAAGUGUAAAAUACCAGGCUUGCACCGAAUCAGUCAUUCAAUGCGAGGGUGUCAUAAUCCAAGGCCCCCUUUUCCUCUAAUGAUAGGUCUAUUUGGUGAUUCACUGUAAGAAAGGCUUUCCGCAUGCUGUCUGAUUUUUUACACACAGGAAGAGAUUUGAGACAAAUGCACGAAGAUGAAGGUAGAAAUCAGUCGUGGGAGCAGAGUACGGAUGUGAAAUCUCACAUGUACCUGUGAUGUGCCGGUGUACCAAACACAUAGCUAUGUCUAUGUGGUCGGUCUAUAUAAUCCUGAAUGGUAUCAUUUGCACCACUCAGAUAUCCAUUUAAAUGAAUCAGGACAGAAUAAAAAAAGAAAAAGAAAAAGAAGUUGCAUAGACACUCCACUGGGACAUCUACACCAAUUGCAAACUGUCUGCAAAAGGUAUUUGACGGCACUUUUCAAAAACUCUUAAUUACAAUGCACAAUCAAUACACUUGAACCAGUGCUGCAUAGCUAAGUUUUUUUGCAAACCUUUAUCUACAUCAUUAUGAAUGCAUUAGAAAAUACAGCUCAUGUGGAGUGUUGCUGGGUUUACAUAUCGACAUGUACAAACCGUUUACAUCCUCAUCCUGCUGUUGAGUGCUUGUUGCAUUAUUCGGGUAAAAUUGAGAAAAUACGAGAAAUACUUUCCUGCAGCCUGUCAAAGAUAAACUGAUGAGAUGAUGAGAUAUUAGAAUAUGU